AUGGAGUCUUUAGAAGAGACUCUGACAGCGUAUGCUUGCAGGCUUGAGGCUUUCGAGGGACGCCUAAAGCAAAUAAGGGAGGCCCUCCAGGCCCUUUCAGAAACCACACCUACGGCUCCUCAAGAAGCUUCAGCAGCCAAUAGCACCCAAGAAGCCGUGAUAGAACUGCCCCCCUUAGAAGCUGCGCAGCUGCACGUCUGCACGGCCUUUGCGGCGUGCACCCUUUGGUUCGUCUACCUUAAGACGCAGGGGCUAAGUACUCAAUGCCACCCAGUAACAAAGGACCUCGCUCGAGUACAGCAGUACAUGCACAAGGUUUCAAGGGCCAUACAAGAAGGCGAGAAGAGAACACAACAAGUAGAUGUCGCCGCUGCUGGACGGAUGAUCGCCUUCCACACCGCAAACUCUAAGCAGGACCCCAGAGGCACCCCCCAAGAAGCGCCGAAAGCCCAAGGGCGCCUCAGGGAGCGUCGGCACACCUGGGAGGGGCGACGUCAGUCAAAAUGUGUCUGCACCAGCUCAAGCGACUCCGGAGUCUGGAGAGAACCGCGAAGCGCAUGGAGCUUUAAAGAAGCACACACAGGGGACGCCGGAGAUUUGCAGCAACGGAAGCACCAGCCUGCAGCUACAGAUGCUGUUGACACCAGCGCUUCCCGUAGAUACCUUGUGUACAUGUAUCCUGGGGCCGCCUGCUCCCUGGUCGACGACGUUGGAAAAGACUCUGGAGCAGGAACUGCCCGAUGCGUAGGUGGCGCUGUGUCACUUGAAUCAGCACGAGAACAACACUUAUCUGAAGCAGCGACAGCAGUAUUUUACAAUGCAGCCAAAGGCUUUGCAAAGGGGAAAGUGGAGCGACCGCUGGGUAGGGGCUGGGGCUCAGGUCAUCUUAGAUUGAAUUUCGCUCAUUUGAAUUUUUUCCCAGCUUGUGUAGGAAUUAAAAGCAUAUGUUCCUCUUCAAGAGACCUAAAGAAGGCUGGAAAAGGCGCCUUCAACGCCACGACGACUGCCGUGCACCACGCCCCUCAAAGUGACCCCGACCAUGGGAGCCUCCUGAAACACUCGUCGACAUUUGCUCAGUUCCCUUCUAGGAGUCCAGCUGCGAACUUGGCAUCUGAGAUUUAA